AUGGACACUGCUCCUGCAACAACAUUUCAAAACCUCAAGAGGUACUUGAGGAGAAGGAGAUACCAAAGACUUGACAACACAACUAAUAACAAGAGAAUGAAGAUCACAAGGCUUGGAAGUGGAAGCAAAAAUCGCCGCCGGGUAUGGAAGAUAAGACUGUCUCCAAAACUGAGAUUUAAGGUUGCUUUGCUUUCGCCGAUGAAGCUUCUGGCAAAGUUUCACGAAGCUUAUGUUGGUAUGAUGGUGCGCAUGGUGGGUGACAAUGAUAUAGACCUGUUUGGAGGGAAAAGAAUUCCCAAAGGUCGAUCGCUUCCAAUGAUGGUCUCUUCUAGUGAUGAAAUUGUAGAUGGAAAGUUAGUUUUGGAGAUUUAUAAAAGGUAG